AAAAAGCACAUUCUCUUAAGUGUUUCUCUCCUCUCUAUUCCUAACACAUUUCUCUUAUACAUAUACAAACACUAAUUUCACAAUUCUUUUCUAAUCAUCAAAACCUACAAUAACUCCAAAACUUUUGAUUUUUUUUUUGUUUGUCCCAAAAUCAAAAACAAAAACAAAAAAAUAUUUGAGAUGGGACUAAGGAUGUCAGAAUCAGCUAAACCUUACUUUGCAAUGGUCUGCCUUCAGUUCGGAUACGCAGGUAUGAACUUAGUAACUAAAGCCGUCCUUGACCGUGGUAUGAGCCAUUACGUUCUUGUUGCAUACCGCAACGCUUUUGCCACUGCCGCUAUCGCACCCUUUGCUCUUCUCUCCGAAAGGAAAGUGAGGUCAAAAAUGACGUUUCCAAUAUUCAUGCGAAUAUUUCUUCUUGCUCUUCUCGGGCCAGUGAUUGAUCAAAACUUAUACUACAUCGGUCUGAAACUCACUUCACCUACGUUUUCCUCCGCCGUGAGCAACAUCGUGCCUGCGCUUACCAUCAUCCUUGCCACUAUCUUCAGAAUGGAGAAAGUGGAGAUGAGGAAAGUAAGAUGCCUAGUAAAAGUGAUGGGUACUUUAGUGACAGUCGUUGGAUCCAUAUUGAUGAUAUUCUACAAAGGUCCUUUCAUCAAUAUCUUCCGAUCUCACCUCACCACCGUCUCUUCGCCGCCCACGACUGACUAUCUUAAGGCCGCCGUCUUCCUACUAAUCGCCUCCCUCUCAUGGGCUUCGUUCUUCGUUCUUCAGGCUGCGACUUUGAAGCAAUACUCAGCCCAUCUCUCGUUAUCAACAAUGGUGUGUUUCAUGGGAACGUUACAGUCUUUAGCCUUGACCUUCAUAAUGGAACACAAUCCUUCUGCUUUGAACAUCGGUUUUGACAUGAACCUUCUCGCUUCAGCCUAUGCGGGAAUAAUGUCGUCGAGCAUAGCUUACUACGUUCAAGGACUUAUGAUGCAGCGAAAAGGACCGGUAUUUGUCACUGCUUUUAACCCUCUCGUCGUCGUCAUUGUCUCCAUCAUGAGCUUCUUCGUUCUCGGCCAAGGAAUUUACCUUGGAGGGAUUAUUGGAGUGGUUGUUUUGACGGUGGGAGUAUACGCCGUGUUAUGGGGCAAACAUGUCGAUGAUGACGGCGAAGAAACACACCAUCAGGAAGAUCAUAAUGUCUUAGAAGCCGUCAAGUGUUGUAGUGGCAAUAAUGGUCUAACGAUAAUGCCGAAAAUAGACGAAGCUGAUGAGGAGGAUGUAGAAACCGGAAAAGUUGCGGCGGAGCCGGUUCCCGGAGUGGUCGUGUUGGUUUUUUGUAGUGAAAAUGUGGAUAAACGUUUCACGACCUGAUUAGAUGGGUUUUUUUUUUUUUUUAGAGGCAAAAAUAGGGGGAGAAAGAAAGAGUAACUUGUUUUUUUUUUAUACUAGUAAGUUUGAAUUCAUAUCCCCUGCUUCAAUAGUUUUCUAUACUUUUUUUUUUUUUUUUAUCUAAUAGUUUUGGGUUUCUUAUACUGUAACCAAGGAUUCACUGUAACAUCGAUUUUGAUCGUUGACUAAGCUAUUAUGUGUAUUAACCCCGUGUGAAAACACCACAGCUUCUUCUUACAUACAAAAGACAAUGGGGAAUGCACAUUCUCUGUUUUUUCUUUUUUUUUGUUAUACAGAUAGUGUUUCUU